AUGUUGAGUCAAUUGAUAAAAUUACCGACAAACGCAAAAGUCGGUGUUGUUGGUGGCGGUAUAUCAGGUCUAACGUUCACUUACUUUCUUGGGAAGUUAAGGCCAGAUGUUGAAAUCACUUUAUUCAACCCAGAGAGUCGUCCUGGUGGCUGGAUCAAUUCGUGGGAUACACAUGACAAGAAUAACCAACCUGUCAUGAUUGAAAGAGGCCCUCGUACAUUUAGGGGGGUUUCAGAUGGUACUGUUAUGAUCAUGGAUUCUAUGCUAGAGAUGAAUAAAGGUGAUCUAAUAAGAAGUAUCAGCAAAGAUUCUAAUGCGGAUAAGAAGUUUAUAGUGGAUCCAAAGAAUAAGUUAGUUCAGGUACCUAAUUCAUUCCCCACACUAAUGAAAUUUUUUUUCAAUCCUUUAAGUAAAGGAUUAUUCAGUGGUAUGAUCACUGAAUGGACAAGGAAACCUAUUGAUCCUCAGAUUAAAGAUGAAAGUGUGUUAUCAUUACUAACAAGAAGAUAUGGUAGUUCCGCAAUUGGUCGCAAUUUAUUCAGUGCUCUAUAUCGUGGUAUAUAUGCUGAUGAUGUUGGUAACCUUAGUGCUCAAAAAGUUGUCGGAAAGUUAUAUUAUGAUGAAAGGAAAUAUGGUUCAAUCACUAAAGGGUCCAUUUCUAGAUGGAGAAAUAAAUCAAAGAAAGAAGAUGAAAAUAAAGAUAAAUUAAGUGAAAGUGUUGCAUUAUAUACUCGGGUCUUUAAUAAAGAUGAGAAUAAGAUUCGUGCAUUAUCUAAAAGAUUAGCUCAAUUUCCAAUGCUUGGUUUGAAAGGUGGAUUAUCACAAUUUCCAAAUGCUUUUAAAGAAGCGAUUGUAAAAUUACCUAAUGUUUCUUUAUUGACAGAUAAUGUUACAUCAAUGAAUCAAUCAGUUAAGAAGGAUAAAAUGGUUCUUGAAUACAUGACAACCAACGGUAACAAAUCGUCCUCAUCCAAAAAUUCGAUUAAAGAAUUUGAUCAUGUUAGAUUAGCCAUAGCUCCAAACAAAAUUUCAAAAUUAAUUUCCAGGACAAAUCCAAAAAUAAAAGAAAAACUCGAUAUGAUCAAUACUAAUACCGUAACAUUGGUUAAUUUAUUUAUCCCAGAUAAAGAUAUUAUCCCUCAAAAGAAUAAUGGAUUUGGUUACUUAAUCCCUGAGAGUAAUAACAACCCUGAAAAAGUCCUAGGUGUAAUCUUUGAUUCUGUUAUUGAGAAGAGUUUCAAACCAUUCAUCGAAACGAAGUCACCAACAACUACGUUACAAUCACAAGCCCAAAAUUAUACAAAACUGACAGCUAUGGUUGGCGGUUCUCUGUACAAUGAUGCCAAUGGCAAACAACAUAUUCCAAACGAGGAACAAACUAUAGAGAAUGUCAAGAGUGCCUUACAGAAACAUCUUGGAACCUCCAGAGAGGAUCUAGAUGCAGGUCAAUGGGUUUACACAGUUGCUAAAGAUUGUUUACCACAAUUCAAGAUCGGUUAUAACGAUUUAACAAAAUCGAUCGAAGAAGACGUCAUCAAUGAUUACUCUUCCAAAGUUUCAUUAGGUGGGAUGGGUUUCUCCAAGGGUCCAGGUAUCCCAGAUGUAGUGGCAGAUGCCCUAAUAGAUGCCACUAAGUUACAGUAA